AUGGGAGAAAUUGCUGGAAUUUUAAUGACUUCUGGAGGAUGCAUUGCAGUACAAUCUAGACAUACAGUGCCUAUAACUGUUGCUCACAGCUUGUGUCGAGAAUUAAUAAGCAGCUUGGCGAAAAAUGAAGAACAGGAAAAAAAUGGGCAAGUGAUAAUGAAAACAUUUCGUGGGCAUUAUGUAAUAAGCAAUGAUGUAUAGCUAAUUAAUUUAUUUUAAAUAAAUAAUAAACCAAUAAUUUAUAUAAACAAUUUAUUUUAAUUUAGUAUAGUGAUAAUGGUAUUCGCAACAAUUACAGAAAAUCCAUUUGUAGCUGAAGAUUGUUUAGCAAAAAUCAAAGAAAUUUUGCUUACUCUCAGCAAAGGUAACGAAAUAAAGCCUGAAAAUUUAAUUAAAAAAAUCACAGAAAUCAAUUAUGCUUUAGAAGACUGCUUAUACUCCUUAAACCCCUAUGGACGGCUCGGAAAAUGCGAAUUAUUUUCUAUUUCAAAGCCUCUGCAAAACUGUUUUUCUGUCCUGCAAAGCCAAAACUCCAAUCUAAUUUAUAACAGCAAGCCAUGAACUGACGAGGACAAUAUUUUAACUUCAGCCAGGGCUAAAGCACAAAACCAGCUUAAACACGAAGAAAAAUUAAUUUCAUUGAAAUUCACAUUUCCUAUACAGUCAGACAUCCAACCACCUCAAGCCAUGGUUCAUCCAUUUGCUUAUCAAUUUAUCGAAGAAAACGCUCCCAUUCUAACCCCCUCAAACUCAAAAGUAAUAGAGCCUGGCCCAUCUUCCACUGAUUUAUCAUUUUUACCAUCAACUCCUAUGCAAAAUCAGCAGAAAAAAACAGCCCAAAUUCCUCAAAUUAAACCUAACUUAAGAAUCACAAUAAUGGUAAGAUGUAACCAGUUUACAGGAAAAGGCUUUAGUUGCAUUUCAGGAUAACAAAAUUAGAAACAUGAGAGUUGUAGGUCAAUUAGGCUUGGAAGUCCCAGAUUUGGCAGCAGCUUUUCAAGAGUCAAGCUUAAGGAUUAAGAUGACAAAUAUAAAUUGGGAUGAUAAGACAAAAAUAGCGAAAAGAAUGUGUGUGGAAGGGAUUGAAGAAAUCGACCCUUAUUUGUAUAAAGUUAAAUUGGGAAAUUUUGAAAAAUCAAGCGCGAUUAUUGAGUAUAUUGAGAUUGAUUGUAUUGGGGUGAGAAAAAAUAAAAUUAAGCACUAAAAAUAGUAGGGAUAAAAAUCAAUUGUGAUAUAUUCAUUAAAAUAUAAAAUAUAUCGUAGCACCCACAACGAUCAAUAUAAAAAAUUUCCCUUUGUAUACAGCUUAUAAUAUGUCACAAACGUCAGAAGUUGAGCAUUUAUUACAGUUAAAAUACCAAGUUAAUCAGAAUUGGAAAAGUUCUCUUGAAGAUAUAAAUUUCACGAUUGCGUUGACUGACUCACAAGCUGUGCUUAUUGAAGCUAACUCAAGAGGAGAAUUAACUACAGGAAAUUUGGAAUGAAAAUCAUCAAAAUUAACGACUUCACAGAAAGGGAUUCUUGAAGCAAGAAUUAAUUCGAGGCUAGUCUGUGGCAUAGAUCAUAUUAAAAUUUCAUUUAAAUCUAGAGAAACUUUGCUAUCUGAUAUAGAUGCGGUUUAUUCUCAAGAAAAUGAAAUUGAGAGCACACCAGCUUCCAAAAGGCUGCUAGUAGAAGUAAUUAUAUCCCCAAAUUCUUAA